UUUUAAUUACUGUUCCAUUCGAAAUAACAACUUCGAUUGUUUAAAACGAAAUGUUUUUGAAAUAUCUGAUUUUGCAAAUAUUCUUUUGCAUAAUUUCAUUUGGAAAUGGGAAUUGUGAAAACUGUAAUUUGGAUGAAGUGUAUCUUCACUUAUUUGGACAAAUUGAAAAUAUUAAACAAUCCUUACAAAUAGUAAACAAUCGCAUGGAUUUAAUUAACGAUAGAUAUUCAUCUAUGGCUGACAAAAUAAAAUACAUUGAUAAUCCAACCAAAACUUCCCGAUCCAUGUUCGAUAUACGCUUUGAUAGCUUACCCAAACAUUGUGCCACCAGUGCAGUGCGACCCAGCUCAUGUGCCGAAGCCACUAAAUGCACUCGUACCAGUGGCAUUUAUAAUAUCACUGAUUAUCGCUAUAGCAAUCAGACUUUCACGGUUUAUUGCGACUAUGACUAUAACGAUGGGGAUUGGUUAUACUUUUUAACACGCUUUAAUGGUGGGAAGAAUUUUAACCGAACCUGGAAUGAUUAUACUCAUGGUUUUGGUAAUGUUGCCAAUGAAUAUUGGUUGGGUCUAGAACGUCUCUAUGCCCUAACAAACUAUUAUGGACCACAAGAGUUGAUUGUGUAUAUUGAAAAUUUUGAAGGUAUAGCAAAAUAUGCACGAUAUAGUGAUUUUGUUAUUGGAAAUGCUAGAGAAAAAUAUAAAUUAAAGUCACUAGGUGUAUAUUCGGGUACAGCUGGUGAUGAAAUGAAACACCAAUUAGGCUCCUAUUUUAGUACAUAUGACAAUGAUAACGAUGUGUAUGAUUCAAUAAAUUGUGCUCAAUAUCGUGGAGGUGGUUUUUGGUUUAAUGAUUGUGGUUCUGCAAAUCCCACUGGAUUAUAUAAAAGUGGUAAAUAUAGCGGAGAUUCAAAUGGUUGCUUUUGGUAUGGAUUUGGUGGCUGGCGUUAUUCCCAUAAAACAAUUAUAUUCAUGAUUCGUCGUAAAAGUGCCAUAAAAUUAAAAUAAUUUAAUUUUUCUUAUAACAACAACUUUUUAAAUUAAAUUUCUUUGUGUUUUUAAAA